UCCAGUCAUAAGGAAGAGCAAUUCCUCAGAUGGAUAAAAUUAGAAAGUCUCCUAAUAGGCGAUGCAUUUGGAGUGGAGCUGCCAAUGCUGUAAUGGUGAAAGUUAACUGAGGUAAUAUGACAGUUUCUACCCAGUGACACAAACACAAAUGCCUGCUGUGUCAGGAAUGCCAGCUAUAAGAUGCCGUGUGCCCUGCUGAGCAAGACAGACUCCGAUCAGAAAGCAGCACAGACUGUGUCCUACAGAGCCUUCAUCAAAAUGCUGUGCUCCCGUACUCUCCAUCCUUCAAGCAGCAUUCCAGUGGACUUUCUCUGGCCUGUACGCUCCUUGUGGCCUGAGACAGAGCCCUUCUUCACUCAACUAGAGCAUGAGAUGCACCAGUUAAUGGAAGAAAUGAAGAGGAACAUGCUUUUCAUGGAUCAUGUUCACAAACUCUUCUUUGAGAGGAUGGAGAGGGGGGCCAAUGGUGCUAAGGUUUUGAGCACCACAUCCAUCCCAUACAGGAUUGAAAGCAAGCAAAACUUAUAUGCUCUGACCUUAGAUACUGGUGAUUUCACCCCUGAAGAGCUGUCGGUGAAGCAAAUGGGAAGAUGGCUGCAUGUCGGUGGCAAGCAGGAGAAAAAAGAUGAAGGCAAGCAGGGGUCCUUCUACAAACUCCAGGAAUUUACACAAGCCUUUCACCUACCAGAUGGAAUUGAUCCAGAUUCUGUCACCUGCUCCUUCUCAGGUGGGAAACUACAUAUUGAAGCCCCGAAUAGGGCCCUAGGCAUUGCUGACAGAACUAUUCCUAUCACUUUGAGCCCGGCUGUGAAAGACCAACAUGUGCAGGCAAGAAGGACUGAGAAGUUAUGUAUGGAUAGAAGCAACUCUUUGUUAUGUCAUGUUUUUGCUUUAUGGAAUAUGCUGCUAUUACACUUUAGAUGAUGUGUUGUAGCCAAAAUAAAUAUGUAAAUUCUGGUAGAAGGCUUGGCAGAUAUUUUUUUGUUGAUUUACAGUUUCCUGCUGCACAGUCCAAACUCUUCUGGAAGGUACCAAGAACUGUGGUAGACUAAAUUCGACUUAAUGUUAAGUUGUUAGGUACAGUACAUAGACUUUGUUGGGAUGAAUGGCCUCUUCUCAUCAAACUUCUGUUCUAAUAACUUGACUGGGAUUUGACAGGUAUUGUUUUAAAAAUGUUUUAAAGUAGGGGAGUAGGUGAUGGGCAGCAUGGGAGCAUAGCAUAGAGUGCUGCCGGAUAGUUUCAGAGGUCUGACCUAGUCACUCUCUCUGUAAAAUCUGUGUAUUUUCCUCUUGUCUCCUUGUCUUGUUUCCUUUGGGUACUUUGGUUUACCUCCCAUAAAGACGAGUCUGAAUUUACCCUUUAUGAGUGGAUAUAGAGGUGUCCAUGACUAGCAUCCCAUCCAGAUUUGGCUCUGGCCUUGUACCAAGUGGUGCCAUAAUAA